AUGAAAAGGUACCAAUUCCUGCGAUGGCAGCUGGCCUAUGCUUAUCACCUCUUCCUGGCUUUCCUCCACGAGAGGAAGCACAGGAACGUGCCGCCUCAGUGUCACUUUGAUGCCUUCGUCUCAUACAAUGCCCACCAUGAGCUUUGGGUCUUGAGAGAGUUGCUGCCCAAACUGGAAGGGGAACAGGGCUGGAAGUUGUGUCUGCACCACAGAGACUUCCAGCCAGGAAAGCCAAUCAUUGACAACAUAAAAGAGGCCAUUUACGCCAGCAGGAAGACUAUUUGUGUGAUCAGUCGGCGAUACCUGUAG